AUGUCCACCACCACCACUAUCACCACCGCAACCACGACCACCACCGCGGAGCCUCCCAAAAGCCAAGGCUACGGCCAAGGCCAAAACCGCAUGCUCCUUGACGGCCAACCCACCAACUACGGCGACUUCCGCGAUGCACUCAACCGCGACGGCUACGCCGUCAUCAAGGGAGCGAUUCCACUUGAUCGGGCGAAUGGAUACGCGGAUGCGUUUUACUCGUAUAUGGAGGGAUUUAACCUCGGCUACAACCGACACGACCCCAGCACCGUCCGACGGGCCAAACUCCCCGUGCUGAAUGAAAAAGGCAUGAUACUCGACUACGGCGUGACGCACGAGCAGUGGGUGUGGGAUAUUCGUGGUGAGGAGGGGGUAGUGGAUGCUUUUAAGAAGGUGUAUGAUGAUGAGGAUUUGAUUGUUUCGUUCGAUGUGGUGAAUGUGGGGUUUGCUAAUCGGGAGGAUCUGCCGGAGAACAAACCCUGGCCCCACCAAGACCAAGACCCCUCCAAACCAGGUUUCAGAUGCCUCCAAGGCCUCGUCAACCUCCUCCCCAACGGCCCCAACGACGGCGGCCUGAUCGUCUGCAAAGGCGGACACGCGCUCUCCGCCCAAUUCCACACCGAAAUGGCGCACGAAGAGCGCAUUCCCGCCUGGACGACGGAAUGGUUCGGAUUCACUGAUGCGGGGAUGAAGUGGCUCGCGGACCACGGACUAAAAUGGGAGAAGGUUUGUGCUGAGCCUGGCGACUUGAUUGUCUGGGAUAGUCGCACGCCGCAUUACAAUGUGCCUCCGACGGGUGGGCAGGAUCGGUUUGCGGUUUAUACCUGCUUUAUGCCGGUGAGGGAGGUUGAGAAGGAGGAUUUGGUUAGGAAGAGGGGGGCUUUUGAGCGCCGGUUGGGAACGACGCAUUGGCCGCAUGCGAAACAUGUCUCGAAGACGAAUAUUGCUAUGAGGGAUGGGAAGCCUUGUCCGGUGGCGAGGGAGAGGCCGGUGCAGGAACCGGUGCUGAGUGAGAGGGUGUUCAAGCUGACGGGGAUUCCGUAUUUGGAGAGAAUGGAGGGGGGUGCCGAGGUUGCUGCUUAG